CAUUGUAGAGUUUGAGCAUUCAAACUUUCUAGGUGAUGAACAGGUAGUGCAGCUUUAUAUAUAGCUUUGUUGCCCUUGCAAACUGGAAAGAAUCAUUUGGUUCCCAAGUUUCAGAGAUGGGAAAGGGAAAUGGAGCACUAGGAGCUUCCAAGGGAAAGGCUAACCCUGGCAGAGCAUCAAUUCUGGCUCUUGGGAAGGCCUUCCCUCCCCAACUUGUCCUUCAAGACUACCUGGUUGAUAGCUAUUUCAAGGAUACGAGCUGCGAUGAUUUAGACCUCAAGCAGAAGCUCACUCGACUCUGCAAGACAACAUCAGUCAAAACUAGAUACGUGGUGAUGUCAGAAGAGAUCUUGAAGAAGCACCCAGAGCUGGCAAUGGAAGGCCAAGCAACCAUAAAGCAAAGACUGGAGAUCUGCAACAAAGCUGUGACAGACAUGGCCAUUGAAGCCUCACAAGCUGCUAUUAAGAACUGGGGAAGGCCACUUUCAGACAUUACCCAUUUAGUCUAUGUCUCUUCAAGUGAAGCUCGCCUGCCUGGUGGUGAUCUCUUCCUAACAAGAGGCCUUGGUCUCAGCCCUCACACCCAACGGCUCAUGCUUUACUUCAUGGGUUGCUCUGGAGGCGUGGCAGGCCUUAGAGUGGCCAAAGACUUGGCUGAAAACAACCCCGGAAGCCGAGUUCUGAUUGUCACCUCUGAAACCACCAUUAUUGGCUACAAGCCACCAAGUGCACAUCGUCCAUACGAUCUGGUAGGCGUGGCACUAUUUGGGGAUGGUGCUGGGGCAAUGCUAAUUGGCACGGACCCUGUUUUGGCCAUUGAACGCCCACUCUUUGAGCUGCACACCGCAACCCAGAAAUUCAUUCCACACACCCAGAACGUAAUCGAUGGGAGACUAUCAGAGGAGGGUAUUAGCUUCACAAUAGCAAGAGAACUUCCUCAAAUAAUCGAAGAUAACAUCGAAAGUUUCUGUGAGACAUUUCUUCAAACAGUUGGGCUGCACGAGAAAGAAUACAACAAAAUCUUCUGGGCAGUACAUCCAGGUGGGCCAGCGAUACUGAAUAAACUAGAAAAGAGACUCGAAUUGUUACCUGAGAAGCUGAAGGCGAGCCGGCGAGCUCUGAUGGACUAUGGAAAUGCGAGCAGUAACACAAUCGUGUAUGUGUUGGAAUACAUGGUGGAUGAGAGCUUGAAGAUGAAGAUGGGUGGUGGGGAAAUUGAGGAAUGGGGAUUGAUUCUGGCGUUUGGACCUGGGAUUUCGUUUGAAGGGAUUUUAGCGAGGAAUCUGUCCGUGUGAGGCGCAUAUUUCUGGCCUCGAUUAUCAGUAUGAAAUUUCGAUUUCUGCCAUACAUUGCUUUCAGAAAGGGUUAAUGGAAUCGGUUGUUUGUGUGUUGUGUUGCUCUGAUUUUGUUUUGGCAAUCCCAGAACGAGGCAGGAAAUUGGGAUUUGUUUGGUUUCUUCAAUCUCUUUCUUGUUUCUUCCUUGCCCCUCUCACCCUUUGCUUUGCUCCCACAAAACUUGGGAACUUGGAAUGUUCAUCCUCACAUCUAUGAGUCAUUUUUCUUC